AUGAGCAUAGCUAACUUUGGGGCACUUUUCUCUCGCCUCAAAUACGGCGAUUCUCCCUCAUUUCAAACAUACCAGUACGAACCACCAUCAGCUAUGUCACCGAAUUCAAUGCAGUCAUCUGCAUCCUCACAAAAUUCUGUUGAAACCGUCAUUCGCCGCCUUCCUGGUAACGAGGAAGUUCACAAAUCUCAGACUAGCACUGUGAAUGGUGGAACGGAAACUACAACCAAGAAAACAACCAAAGUAGUGAAAUCCGUCCAUUCAAAACAGGAUGUAAUUGUGCAUCCUCCAAAUUUGGUUUUAUUGGACAGUGACCGAGGGAAGGGAACAGGAAUCAAUGGUGUGGAGGAACAGGUUGAGACUCACGAGACGAUUACUUUCUCAAAAUCUCAUACGGAUGGACCUGUCGCGAGCUCGAAGGGCCCCUCACCAUCUAGAGGCCACAAUGAUACAAAUCGACUCAGCAACAAUUUGCCAGGUGAGGCGAAGCUGGCGGAAUCGCCACCUGAAGCUUCCGCGAUGGCGUAUACCUCAAUGAGACCCAGUAGGCCUGCUGCAGUAGGAACUACACAACGAAAAUCUCGAGAAACCACCAUCGACGAUCCUUAUUAUCCACCUAUCGAUCCCCACAGAGGAUCCGCGAACCCGGCUAGACAUUCUUGGCAUGAAAUUCGUCCAAACAACCUCGGUGAUAUGCCUUUGGUUCAAGCGCAGCCAAGGAAGGCGCUCAAAGAAACUCUAAUCGACUUCCCAUCGCCAGCCGAACAUCCGGGAAUGUACCAGAAAAACAUCUCAUCUCAUACUUCUCGUCCUUUACCCAGUCCACGUUCGCGAUCGCAGGAAAAUGGCAGGAGAUACGAUGUGAUGCCGUCUACUGAAUACGAACAGCAAACACCAGUCAGGCGAGAGCAGAUAUCAGCUAAGGACCGACAAGACCAAUCGCUAGGAGCAAUCGCUGGCGAUAAUAGCGCUAUGCAAAGAGAAACCGCUCAUCCGGCUUAUGCUUUGAUUCACAAGGGGAAUGAACGAAGCACACAGGCAAUUUCGGAGGCGACAAUGCGAGAGCGGGAGGAUAUGCUGAGGAAGACGAGAAGUGAUGUACAGCGAACUUCCUAUCCUGGUAAGGGGCGGCCACAGUAUGCAGAUACAACGACUACUGUAGUGACUCGCCAAGAAGCUCGGAAUGGAAUUGCCGACAGAAAUGAGUUUACGGCAACGGAACAGAUGCGAGGAAAUAAGUCUCCGAUAUUGGUACGUGUGCAAAUCGGUAAAAACACUAGUAACGAGGCGAGUGGUGGUGGUCAGUACAAUGCCUCGGACUAUGGCGACGACUGGGGUGAGGAGACAACAAUUAUUCGAAAAGUGGAUAUGACCAAACCGCGUCCUCAGCUGAUUGAGGAGAGGUAUCGCACCCAUCAUUAUAGGGGCUACAAGAAAGAGGAACAAGCUAAAGAACGACAACAGCAAGCAGCACCUCCUCCGUACGUUCCACAUUCCUCACCAGUUCCCACUGCUCCAGCCCCAACUGCAGCCAGCGCUGAAGGUGACAGCGAUGUUGAAUAUGCAGUUGGAGAGACACGCCUACUCAAGGAUGGACAAGAACAAGGCACUCGAAUGACCACGAAAAAGAAGACAACAAAAACGACGACGUAAGA